GUAUCUAGUAUAAAUACUGGGAGAUCGCGGAUGUAACGUAAUGAAAACCGAAGAGGAACAACAUGCGUGCUCUAAUUGUCUUGGCACUGGUCGCCGCUGCCUUUGCAGCUGAACUUCCAGCAGACCCUUAUCCCAAUGCCUCAAGGAUCAUCGGCGGUUCGGUCACCAGCAUCAGCCAGUGGCCUGAGAUGGCCGCUCUGCUAUUCUCCUGGGGAACCACUGGCCACAGGCAAUCCUGCGGAGGUACCAUCCUGAACCAGCGGUCCAUCCUCUCAGCCGCUCACUGCUUCGUUGGUCACGCCACCGCUAGAUGGCAGGUUCGUCUUGGAUCCACCAACGCCAACAGCGGAGGAGUUGUGUUCACCACCCAGCAACUGAUCAACCACCCUCAGUACAAUAGCCCCGUUCGAUACAACAAUGAUGUCGCCAUUGUCCGCGUCGCUGGCUCCAUAAGCUACGGCAGCAACAUCCGCGCUGCUAACAUCGCUGGUGCCAACUACAACCUGGGUGACAACCAAGUCGUCUGGGCUACUGGAUGGGGAUAUACUGAAUUUGGCUCUACAUCUGAGCAGUUGCGUCAAGUCCAAGUCUGGACUGUGAACCAAGCGAUUUGCACCAACCGCUACGCAACCCGAAACUGGGUUGUCACUCCCAACAUGCUGUGCUCUGGGUGGUUGGACGUCGGCGGUCGCGACCAGUGCCAGGGCGACUCUGGCGGCCCUCUCUUCCACAACAGAAACGUCGUCGGCAUCUGUUCCUGGGGCAUCGGAUGCGCUGACUCCUUCUUACCUGGUGUCAACGCUCGUGUAUCCAACUACAUUGGUUGGAUCCAAGCUAAUGCAUAAAUACCUUAAAUACACGAUGGUUUUCUCGAAAUAAACAUGGCCAUAUGAUUACCGGAAACUAA